GGUUCAUAAUUGUCUUUUUUUUUUCUUUGUUCUAUUCAUCAAUAAAGAAGCCGACUUUUGAGAUAAAAAAAAAAUUAUCAGAAAAGAUAAAGAAAUUUGAAAUAAUUUCAAAACAAAAAUCAUCUCAACUAUUAUCUUAUACGAUAAAACAAACAAAUUUGAAAACCAUCCCAACAAUCAUCUCUGAUUUGAAGUUUGGAUAUAGAUUACAAAUAUUGACUUAGCAUACUCUCAUGCAUUAAUUUUUUUAACCAGCUAGACAUUCUUUUCUUUAGUCUGCAUUUGUAAAAUUAUUUCCUUUUGAAAGUAUAGGAGAACUCUUAAAAUGAGAUACAAAUUAAUUUUUAGAUUUAAGAUUUAAUCUAUCUCGUCAAAAUAAAGAGCACACAAAACCUAAUCCUUUUUCCUAUUAUAAGAUUUAAGAUCAGGACUUUCAAGAUUUAGCAAUUUGGGUAUUCAGUAUUUGUUUUUCUUUCUUGAAAGAAAUGCAGAGAAUUUCACUUUAAAAUUUUCGGUAUUCCAUUUUCACUUGUAUUUCUUGAAAUUCUUUAACGCUUCAUUUGGUUCAAUGUAAUGGCAAAGCCAUUACAGGACGGUUCCAAUUUCUACAGUAAAGCAGAGGUUUCGUUAAUUGGAAAACUUUAAAUGCCGAAUGGAGAUUACAGCUUCAUUCUGAAAAUCGUUGAAUAGCCAUUCAAAGGAGGAGUGCCGAAUUGGCGAUUCCAGCCUCUCCACCGAAUGACAUUCUUUUCCCUUCCGAAAAUACUUUCAGACUGAAAUUUCUCAGCGGUUUUACUUUUUUUUUUCUUUAGCCAUCAACAAUCUCAUGCUCAAAUCAAUCUAAAAGGAAGCAAAUCAACUUGAAGGCCAAAGACCCACACUUCGUUUACCACUCCUAAGCGAUUCCAAUCCAUCAUUAGAACCGUUUGGUGCUCAGUAAGGCCCUGCUUGUUUUGAUGGUUCAAAACGAAGUAGCUUUUUCAUUAGGACAUGGGUUUUCAAUUUGCAGAACUCCCUAUGUUAAAUCUUCACAAAAGCUGGGUGAACAAUCACUGGGCAUUUCCAGAGUUGUUGAAAAGAAACCAGUGAAAAAGGUUGAAAAGAACGAGCAUCACUUGUGGAAGAAAAGAGAUUCAGCUGGCUCUGGACAAAAGGCACUCAAUCUUGUUAGAAUUGUGAACGAUUCAAUGAGAUUGCGGGAAGCUCAUAUUACAUGGCUCCAGAGGUUCUUAAACGUAAUUACGGCCCAGAGGUUGGUGUCUGGAGUGCUGGAGUUAUCGUCUAUAUUUUACUUUGUGGUGUGCCACCAUUCUGGGCAGAGACUGAGCAGGGGGUGGCACAAAGCAAUUAUUCGCUCUGCUAUUGACUUUAAAAGGGACUCAUGGCCUAAGGUUUCGGACAAUGCAAAGGACCUUGUAAAGAAAAUGCUUAAUCCUGAUCCAAAGCAGCGUCUUACAGUACAGGAGUGCUUUAACAUCCAUGGCUACAAAAUGCCAAAAAAGCACCCAAUGUUCCAUUGGGUGAGACUGUGAAAGCUAGGCUCAAACAAUUUUCUAUAAUGAACAAGCUGAAGAAGAGAGCUCUAAGGGUAUUUUAUUAAGCCUCAUAUGUCUAUGUGAUUUUGACCAUUCAAGUUUAUGGCAAGUGCAACAUCCGAGAAUCCAGGAUGACCGACAUCCGUAACUUGCAAGCAUUUGCACUGUACAUUCAGAAGAAUGAUAUUAAAUUUGCUCUGUUUUCCAUUACCAAGGAAAUGGAAAAACAAGUAUCUGUAUUCACACUGAUUUUUCUUGCAAAACACAUCUAUCAUUCUUUUAUUUACUUUUCAAAUUAUGUAAAUUGAGUAUCGUUCCACUUGGAUUUGGAUUUA